AUAAUAUAAAAAGUUGUGCCAGUGCAGUUUGCAGUACCAAUAGCUGGAUUUUCUGUUAUAAAACACACCGUGGGACCUCCGAGCUUCCUUCUUUCGGCGGACGACGAUUCACUUGAUCGCAACUUUCUGUGUGAUGGAAGAUAGCGGAUGCUGAUGAAAGACACAGACCUGCAACAGUCAGCGAACGUGCGAAAUAAGCUAAGUAAACAGAUUAGAAACACCUCGAUGUAAUUCACAUUUUGAAAGCUGCCGAACAGAAUUGUUCAAAGGAGAGGAGAAUUUCUCGAAGGAAGGAAAUUUCUUUCAACAAAACACACCGAGUGAUUCAAUAAUUGAAAAUUGUCGUGCGAAAAGUUUAAAUAACAAAAAUCGUUUUAAUAUGAGAAACGUUCCUAAUAAUUUCUAGAAAUUAUCGUCGAACGUAUGACGAGCAAAUUUAAACGCAUGAAACAGAAACGAAGAAAGAGAGAGAGCGAGCGGCUAAUUAAUUUGUUGAAAUCGAAUUCGAGUUAAGAUCGAAACGGGACGUUCAAGAUCAACGAAGAAACUCUGGCGUGUAAAAUAUGGAAUCAGAACGACGAAGAAAGUGAAGGUCUGGCCACUCGAAAGGAAAAUGAAAUUCCAUAACUACGCGUUGCUUUGAAUUGUCCGCGUGUUUGCGCUCGUCGUGCAGGUAGCACGAUUGGGAAAAACUCAUUUAUUGGAAAUGAGGUCGUGCGAUCCUGUGGUGUAGAAUAUCGUAGAGUAUUCGUACAGUAGAACAGAGCAUCUCGUAGGAUAGGAGAAAAAAAAAGAAACGAAAGAGCCAUUAGAUGUAUCUGGGAUGCACGUGGGAUUGGCUGUCCUUACGCCAAUGUUUCGGACGCCUAUGCGCUGGAAAAUUCCUCCAAGAAAACGUACGCCCCCAUCGUCCGUGUAAUGACCUGGAAACAUUGAUUGCUUUGUGGCCAAUUUCUCAAAAGUAAAGUCCAAGCUGGAAGAAAGGAAAGAAACAAGAGAUUAAAAAUUUUAGACUUUUUUUCUUUUUCUUUUUUCGAGGAAUAAAAACUCCGCGAAGUAAGAUAGAGAAGAUAACAAAGGACAGAUUCCAAAAAAUGAGAGAUUGAAAGAAUUAACUUCGAUCUGCUAAAUGCAGUAUACACGUGUCGAUCUCAACUGUUUAUACAGAUAAAGAGAUUGAAGAAUAAAAACGUGUCGGUGGAAAAUGUUGAAAUCGAAAGAAGUGUAGAUUGUUGCGCGAAUGUGGAAUAUCUUUUGCAGAAGAUGCAACUGUAGUCCAGAGGAAAUAUACAAUAGAAGAGCGUAGUCGAGAUGACCGUUCAGAGGUGUUAAGGGGAAAGACGAAAUUUUCAGGACGAAGUCUCCCGACACAAUGGAUAGAAACGAUAACAACGUGGGUGUCGGAAAUUCGGGAAAUACCCCGAAUUCAUCUUCGACGACCCAUGGUAUUCUUCACAAUACUUCCGUUGGGACCGAUGCACAGAACGGAGACAGAGGAUGGGAGGUUCAUCAUGUUACUGUUACCAGAGUUCCGGGCUACGGAUUCGGGAUUGCUGUUUCCGGUGGUCGGGAUAAUCCCCAUUUCACUAAUGGUGACCCUGCUAUUGCCAUUUCUGAUGUCUUGAAAGCUGGGCCAGCCGAGGGGAAAUUGCAAGUAAAUGAUCGCAUAAUAUCCGCGAAUGGAAUAUCAUUGGAAGGUGCCGAUUAUGGGGCAGCCAUUCGUGUUCUCAGGGAUUCUGGAUCAACAGUGCUUUUAGUCGUUAAGCGCAGAGCUUCGUCGAAUAGUUCUGGAAAUCUAGGAAAUUCCACCCUUCAGAGUCAUCGCUUGACUCUAACGAGAAAUAACAAGAAAGAUGAUUUUGGUAUUGUUCUUGGGUGUCGUCUUUAUGUGAAAGAAGUGACACGAGAUAAUACGGGAGUAAAACCGGGGGACGUUUUAACACGAAUUGGCAGCGUGGCUACGGACAACAUGAGUUUAAAGGAAGCUAAGAAACUGAUGGAUCAGUGCAAAGAUAGACUGUCAAUUGUAGUAACCCGAGACAAUUCUUGCUGCCACGUCCAGCAACAGGCAAAGAGUGAAACUGGAGAAUAUCUUUCUGGGACGACAAGUUAUAGUAGCCAGAACUUGUAUGUUCCACCCCCAACGAGGCAACCAAUCGAGGACAAAAGCAAUCUUGUUCCCAGAGGUCGUACCAGAGGACCAUUGAUGGAUGUAUCUCUUAGUCAGUUAGAUCUCCCUGCAACUCCCACAGUAGAUCCUCCUAGACCACCACCGCCUAGACCAGAAGAUUAUUACAGUACAAGAAGACAGUUGUACGACGAAGAUUUAUCUAGGAAUAAACUGCCAAUGCCUGAUCCUCGAUUUAUCACUUUUCAAAAAGAGGGAUCAGUGGGCGUUAGAUUAAGUGGAGGGAAUGAAACUGGCGUUUUCGUGACGGCCGUUCAAGCAGGAAGCCCGGCAUCUCUUCAGGGUUUACAACCUGGGGAUAAAAUUUUAAAAAUAAACGAUAUGGAUAUGAAAGGAGUAACAAGAGAGGAGGCUGUGCUCUUUUUACUCAGUCUCCAGGAACAGAUUGACUUGAUUGUUCAACAUCGACGACAGGAGUACGAUCAAGUGGUAGCAUCUGGAAAAGGUGACUCUUUUCACAUAAAAACUCAUUUCCAUUACGAGCAACCACAAAAAGGUGAAAUGAGUUUCCGUAGCGGAGAUGUAUUUCAUGUUGUAGACACACUGCACAACGGUGUUGUCGGUUCGUGGCAAGUGUUUCGUAUUGGUAGAAAUAAUCAGGAAGUACAAAAAGGUAUUAUUCCAAAUAAAGCACGAGCCGAGGAGCUAGCAACAGCGCAAUUCAAUGCAACAAAGAAGGAAAUGAGUGCCAGUGAAAGCAGGGGUAGUUUCUUUAGGAGAAGAAGAAGCAGUCAUAGACGUUCUAAAUCUCUUAGCCGAGAUCACUGGGAUGAUGUAGUAUUUUCAGACAGUGUUAGCAAAUUUCCAGCCUACGAGAGAGUAAUUUUAAGACAUCCAGGUUUUGUAAGACCUGUUGUAUUGUUUGGUCCUGUUGCGGAUCUAGCUAGGGAGAAGUUAUUAAAAGACUUUCCUGAUAAAUUCACGUCUCCGCAGAUGGAAAAUCAGUUGGAUGACAACAUUGGAAAGAAUACGAAAUCGUCAGGUAUCAUUCGACUCAGUGCUAUCAGAGAAGUAAUGGAUCGAGGAAAACAUGCUUUAUUGGAUAUUACUCCAAACGCGGUAGAUCGAUUAAAUUACGCGCAGUUCUAUCCUAUAGUUAUUUUUCUGAAAGCUGAAACGAAACAGAUUAUCAAGGAGAUGCGAGCCGGAAUUCCUAAAUCGGCACAUAAAAGUAGUAAAAAACUUCUGGAGCAGUGUCAGAAAUUGGAUAAAAUUUGGGGUCACAUCUUCAGCGCGGUAAUUACAUUAACCACGCCGGAAGCUUGGUAUAGAAAACUAAGAGAAUUAAUCGAUCGACAACAACAAGGAUUACUCUGGAUGAGUCAAACUAAGCCAGAAGAAGCACUCUCGGAUGACUUCCUAUUCCCGAUGACUUCUCGCCUCUCCUAUGCUUCCUCUCCGGAGAGUGACUUGGAACUCAGUCCGGCACCAGCUUUACCGGGUGCCCUAGGUGUACCGUCUAGAUUGAAAAGCAGUUCUGAUCCAAGCAUUGCCACGCAAGACGACAUUGCUGCACCACCUCCAUAUUCGACCACUUAUCAACAAUCGUUCGAACAACCAAAAAGAAGAUCUCAAGGAGGAAUGGGAGACGGAAAAUAUGGUUUUUCACUAUCGGGGCAAAUUAGCAAUCAAUCAGGAUCACCAGAAUAUUUAGGCGGUUCAUUCGAGCCACGAUCCUCUCAUCACAGUCCUCCUGAUUUACCUCCAAGAGUGGAUCGCAAUGCCAAGCCAAAUAGUCAACAACAAAGAAAUACUAUAGGAAGAUCGGCCCAAGAACGAUUGCUAAAUAAAACAGAUUCAGUGUUGGACGUUGCAAAUUACAUAAAUGCAACACCUCAUAAAGCUAAUGCAUCGUCACUUGAAAGGACCCAACCAAAAGCGGGAAGUUACGAUAGUAUGUCUUCUUAUGAUUCUUACAAUAAUACAAAUGGAAAUACCAGUUACGGUGCGCCAGGUUUAAAUACAUCAACUGGUCGCUUGGGUCCUAACGUUCCAGAUGAUUUAAAGAGCAGUAAUGCACCAGCAAGACCACAUGAUCCUUAUAGAUUCACUAGAUCGACUGCACAACCAAUUCCAAAUCAUGAUUCGCAACCACGGACUGAUUACGCUAAAUACAGCCGCACAACUGAUUACAAGUCGAUAACAUUACCACAAAAUAAACCUGGAGGAUCCUACAAGCCAAUACCGCCUCCAAAGCCAAAAAAUUAUAGGCCACCACAAGCAAAUUUGACUCAAUCAGAAAAUAAUGGAAACGAAGUAAAUAAUACUCAUCAACAUUCAAAGAGUUAUUCCAUUGCUACUUCUCAUGUAGAAAAUACUAACAACGUUCAACGAAACAGUGGACAGUAUUACUACAACAUUCCGCCACCAAAUCGACACGAUUCAAACCUCGGAAAUUCCCACCACAAUUUAAGUCAUCUGUCUACGCCCGCGCACAAUCACAGUUUGAGUCAUACACAUGCUCACUGUAGCCCGCCAAUGUCAACCCACAGUCACAGUAACAGUGCCAGUCAGUUGAGUCUUGGUCUCUCGCAUAAUAGGAAUAGUGUUAAUCACAAUGGAUAUGUUGUGAACAACGGACACAACGCACCUGGACAAGGUUUUCCAACGAGUCCGGGGCAUAAUCGAGAACCAAGUGGGCUUGAUCUUGCUGGAAGCAGGGAACAAAGAGGAAGCGCUUUUGAACUUUACCGCAAACCUGUACAUCAUUACAAUGCAAGAUCAAACGGAUUACUUACUUAAAUUGAUUUGGAGCUUUUUUCACGCUGUCUUUUUCCAUUGAAGCUAUAAUUUAUAACUUCCUCCC